CGCAAAUUUGGUAGUAAUAAAUGUCAUAAAACCUCUCCAUUUCAUUUUCCUGUUAAAAUUUUCCUUUCCAAGUAAGAAAUUUCAAACGCUUCGCGAGUCGCUUCCUGUUUUCUAUCCCGUUUCCCGUGGAAUUUAUGAUGGAAAAUAAUCAAAAUAAAUUCUGCUAAGUGGAAGCCGAUACGCCGGAGUAAUCAGAGCGAAGAGGAGGUCUGUCGAGUGUAAAGAUUUUCAACUAUUUGAUCUCUCCUCUACCAAAAAACAGUAUAAACUAAAUCUUCCUCACUGUACCUCCUCUGUGUCAUGUAGUUAAUGAGGGAGAGUUGUCUCACUUGAGUAUCGGCAGGGGAGGUUUUCCGUGCGUGUAGCCUUUUUAGGUGUUCAGAUUGUUGGUUUGAAAUUUUGGGUGUUUGAAAUAAUAUAAAAUGAGUGCGGUGAGCAUAACCAACGUAACAGUGCUGGACAAUCCUGCUGCUUUUCUCAAUCCGUUUCAAUUUGAGAUAUCAUAUGAAUGCCUGGUUCCUCUAAAAGAAGAUUUGGAAUGGAAGUUGACAUAUGUUGGGUCAGCAGAAGAUGAAUCUUAUGAUCAGAUGUUGGAGAGUGUACUUGUUGGACCUGUUAAUGUUGGCAAUUAUCGCUUUGUUUUCCAGGCAGAUCCGCCAGAUCCAUCAAAAAUUAGGGAUGAAGACCUCAUUGGUGUGACAGUUUUGCUGCUCACUUGUUCAUACAUGGGCCAAGAAUUCUUAAGGGUUGGAUACUAUGUCAAUAAUGAUUACGGUGAUGAGCAGUUGCGAGAGGAGCCUCCUCCAAGAAUUCUAAUUGAUAGGGUGCAAAGGAAUAUCUUGGCUGACAAGCCUAGGGUGACAAAGUUCCCAAUCAAUUUUCAUCCUGCAACCAUUGGUCCUCCUGAAGAUCCUGGUCUUCCACUUGAUGAUCCUGGUCUUCCAACAGAUGAUCCGGGUCUGUCUUCCACUGAUGCUAUGGAGGAAGUGCCACAAGAGUUUCCAAGCUAAUCUUGAGAAAUUUGUAAAUAAAAUACUUUUUUUUGUUAUCGCUUGUGAGACUUGGGAGGAUAUGCUUCAAGUAACACAUCUUCACCCCCAAUCUUCCAAACCGUCGUCUGUUUUGUAGUUCAAAAUUUUGUGUUUGAGGCCUUAAAAUGACUGGAUACAACAUUGGAAAUUUAGGAAGAAUUCUUGCAGAUACAUGUGAAAUGACUGGAGAACUUGCAACUGACUUUUUGAGAUAUAUGCUAAUAGCUUUCCAACCUUGAUUCUUACCUACCAUACCUGUCUCUAACAAAACAUUAAUGUGGAAAGGGUUUUCGAUGGUUGAAUAAGAACUUAUCUCUGAAUAUAUGUAAGGAAAAGUGAAGGGAAGCAAGUUUAGCACCUUUAUCACUUGCCAUUUUCAAAAGUUGAGUAAUUCUCAAUGUACUUUUGUAGUUUAAUUUCAAAUCACGGUUACAAGUAAAUUGUAUAAAAUGUUUUACUUGUGUUCAUAAACCAUGUUGGAUCUAUACUAUGUAGUUCAUUUUA